AUGACAGAACAUGACGCUGACCUCAGUGCGUCAUGGCUGUUUUUAGUCUCGGAUGUGUGCGCUCCUCCGGCCCCCGUAGCACACUCUGCGUCUCCUGGAUCCGUCCUGCUGCAGAAGCCACCCACCCUCCUGCACCCACCCUCCUGCUCUCACCCUCCUGCUCCCACCCUCCUGCACCCAGCCUCCUGCACCCACCCUCCUGCUCUCACCCUCCUGCACCCACCCUCCUGCUCUCACCCGAUGACCCAGUGGCGGGGAGCGGGGGCCCAUCUGCUGCUGGAGAGGAUACUCAGUCUAUUCUAA